AUGGACGUCGUCUAUGCGGUGAACUUCUACGUUGACAAGAUCGUAUCAUCCCCGACAUCUAUGAAGGCGUUGCUGUUGGACCAGCACACAACUCCGAUCAUCUCCCUUGCUGCGACACAGUCGAGCCUCCUUGCGAAUCAUGUUUAUCUUACGGACAGGGUGGAUAAUACGAGGAGAGAGAGGAUGCCACAUCUGCAGUGUGUCGUAUUUGUUAGGCCGACAGAAGAGAGUUUGGAAUGGGUAGGGAAGGAGCUCGAGGAGCCAAGAUAUGGUGGUUACUACCUGUAUUUCAGCAAUACCCUCACCAAGACUGCCAUUGAGCGCCUAGCUUCUCAGGAUACCUACGAGCUCGUACAUGAAGUUCAAGAACACUUCGCAGAUUACUUACCCGUACUACCCUAUCUGUUUUCACUCAACUAUACCCCAUCCCCACCAUCCAACUUCCCGCUGUACACCCUCUCCUCCUCCUCCCUCCCGUCAUCAACGACCCCCGGUCACCUCACCCUCACUUCCCAAGCACUGCAACACCAUCUUUCCACUCUCUCCGCUCUUCUCCUUAGCCUGAAAAAGAAACCGACGAUGAUCCGACACGAGCGUUCGUCGACCGUAUCUCGCGCCUUGGCGGUAGCGAUGCGCAGUCACCUGGCCGCUGAACAACAGCUGUUCGACUUCCGAGCCUCUGCAGGCACCUGCGUCCUGCUCAUCCUCGACCGACUGGAAGAUCCGGUCACGCCUCUGCUCAUGCAGUGGACAUAUCAAGCGAUGGUCCACGAACUCCUCGGGAUACAUAAUGGCCGUGUGGACAUGAGCGCUUCUCCAAGUGUCAAUCCCCAGAUGCGGGAGGUGAUGCUGACCCCGCAGAUGGACCCGUUCCUCGCUCAGCACCUCCACACCCCCUUCGGCGACCUAAGCGUCAGCCUCCAAGCGCACGUAACGCAAUACAGCCAAAAACAUGCGAGCGCGCAUAAGCUGGACUCUGUAGAGGAUAUGAAGAGGUUCGUCGAGGAAUACCCUGAGUUUAGGAGGAUGGGAGGGAAUGUGAGUAAGCAUGUGGAGCUGGUGGGGGAGAUGAGCAGGCUGGUGGGGAAGGACAACUGCUUGGAGAGCUCGGAGGUCGAGCAGGAGAUCGUUGCGGGUGGAAGCCAUGCGGAGGAUUGGAGAAAUGUUCAGCGAAUAAUACAAAACCCUAAUAUCCCUUCGGCAGAGAAGUUGCGCUUAUCAAUGCUAUAUGCACUCCGGCAUCAGACGAACCCUCAAUCAUCUAUCUCUUCACUCCCCGCCCUCUUGUCACAAGCAGGAGUUCCUGCUUCUGAUGCCACACUUAUAUCUACAUUGCUCACCCUGUCUGGUUCCCAACGCCGUCAAUCCGACUUAUUCAACACUUCCUCCAUUCUCGCCCGGGGCAAAUCAGCGCUCAAAGCGCUCAAGGGAGCCGAAAACGUCUAUACCCAGCAUACGCCAUUCCUCGCCCAGACGCUCGAGGCUAUCGUCAAAGGGCGUUUGAGGGAACAGCAAUACCCGUUCAUCGAGGGGGGUGGUCCGAACGCGAGCUUACAGAGACCGCAGGACGUCAUCGUCUUCUUUGUGGGUGGGACGACAUAUGAAGAGAGCAAGGUUGUGGCGCACAUGAACGUGGAACUGCAGCAGCAGGCGGCAUCACAGCCUGGCACUGGUGCUGGCACACGGAUAUUAUUAGGCGGGAGUACGAUCCACAAUUCGAAAAGGUGCGUUUCAACUAUGUUAUUCUCGUAUCCAGCGCCGCUCAAAUCCCCACCAGCAUCCAAUGCGCCUGCUCUGAACCUGCAACUGGGCACUCUGAACCUCAGCGUGGGCGGACCAGCUGGGACAGGACUUUACCGCGGCCCGUCGAACCAGAGCGGUGUGGGUAUACAGCUCGACUCGGAGGGUCUGCGAGAAGGAGCGGGAAGGAUUGGCGAGGGUGUAAGAGGGCUACUUGGGCGUGUGCGAGGUGGACUCGAGAGGGUCGCAAGCCCUGGAUUUCGAGAAUCUCAGGAAUAG